AAAACGAUUUGAAUGAACUUUAUGUUUUAAAAUUUGAUUUUAGAGCUUACUUUAUUGAAUCAAACUAUGAUUACCUGAAAAUGAUUGUGUGGAUGCAUUUCACAAGACUUAGUUAAAGUAAACGUUUGAACAUAAGCGUGUAAGCUGUUACAGUACUGGAGCAUUCUGAGCAUUUUGGUUAUGACAGAGCCUGUCAGUUUAAUGUAAGAGAAAAGCCUUUAGUAACUCAGCCCUCACUUUACCACUUUAGUAAAACGUAAUCAAAUAUACCACCUGCACGAGCACAAGGACGACGCUGAUCGAUACAGGGAUCGUAAUCUCCAUCUGUUGGCGCUGAGAGAUAAAGAUCCAGACUUAUACGACCUUUCACUAUGUUCAUCCACUAUUUAUGCUCUUGACAUAUGUCUAAUGUCAGUGUUGGUUUAUUUGUUUACCAUAUAACUAAUACUUCUGUAAAGGUUUUCAACGACAAAAACACUGAAGACGAAUGGACAGUUAUUUUGGGGCUAUAGUUUGCUGCCACUUUAUGAAUGCCUGUUGAGAGUUAUCGAUUGUUCGGUGACUGCCUACAAAUGCAUCGUAUGAAUCCCUUCUAAUGUCUUUCUUUUGCGCGAGCAGAAUGUCAUACACACUAAUAUGUAAACCCCAUAUCUUUACACGGAGCAAGCCAUUCGGCGAAACAUGACAGGUACAAUGUCAGAAACAUAAUUACUUCCCACAUGAAACCAUUCCUAGCUGGUCUGAAUGCCAGUCUGUCUCUAGCUCAACAGAAACAAACAUGGCGAGACGUGUUAGAGCACAGCAACAAGGAACUCAAGCUCCUGCUCCAUAUUGUGCUUCCAGUCGCUUUGGGAUAUCCUUAAUUUGUUUCCUGGGAUUUGUCAACAUGUACACUCUGAGAUUCACUAUUGAACCAAACAGCUGUGAUGUCAAAAAUACCACAGACUCGACUAACCUAUCAACUGUAACGAAUGAGGAUACCGGUUGCCUCGGAUCACACAUGUGCAAGUAUGGAGAAGGGACACAACGGUUGCUGGGCAACUUUCUGCUGUGGGGUGACGUCAUCACUCAGCUGCCCAGUGGCGUGCUGGCUUGGAAGUAUGGCGGAAAGAGCGUUUUGUGCACGUGCAUGUUUAUUUCAGCGCUUGUGACGCUGCUGACACCUUUAUCAUUUGAGACAAACAAGGAACUGGCCAUAACAUCUAGGUUCAUACUCGGACUGAGUCAGGGAGCCACAUGGCCAGCUAUACAGACUAUCCUGGCUAGAUGGUCACCUCCCCAAGAAGCAGGUAGACUCGCAGGACUGGCUUACAGUGGUGAGUAG